AUGGAUACCCUACUAACCGCGGACAUCGUUGCCAACUCCCCGCGAUUCCGGCGCAAGUCGUCCACUUUCGUCGAUGCAAUUCACGAUCUGCCUGAAAAGGCCGAUUUGGCUCCUGCGCAGCUCUACAGCACCGAAUCCGGCCGACUCUUCCACUCCGGCCGCAUUGUCAUCAUCACGGUAGGAUUGCCGGCAAGAGGCAAGACACACAUGUCAGUCGCUCUGGCACGUUACCUUCGCUGGUUGGGUGUCAAGACAAGAAUAUUCCACCUGGGCGAUUAUCGACGUGCUACCAUCCCUUACGGCCAAGAUAUUCCUGACGACUACUUCUUUGUCAACGCAUCGGCUUCAUCUGUGCUCUUAAGGCAAAAGAUCGUUAAGCGAUGUCGCGAAGAUAUAUACCACUUUUUGAAUCACGAGAACGGGCAGAUAGCGAUAUACGAUGCGGUCAAUCCCAUCGCUUCCGGUCGACGGUCACUCGCCAAGGAAUUUUCCAAGCACGAUAUAGAGACUCUGUUCAUUGAAUCGUGGUGUGACGAUGAACGCAUAAUCGAGGAGAAUGUUCGAAGGGUCAAGAUAUCCUCACCCGACUACGUAGGGUGGUCUUCGGAAGAUGCGGUCAAACAUUAUUUGACCAGGAUAGCUGCCCGUAUCCCCCAAUUCCAGACCAUGGAAGAGACGGACCUCAAUUACAUCAAGAUGAUCAACGCAGGUGAACGUUUGAUUGUAAACAACAAAAGCUUUGGUUAUCUCUCUAAUCGGAUUGUGUUCUACCUCUUGAAUCUCCAUAUCAAAUCAAGACACACAUAUUUCGCCAGAGCUGGUGUUUCACUGGAAGCAGGCUCAUACAAAGCAGAUGCCUCACUGUCUGAGCAAGGGGAAGAAUACGCCAAAAAGAUGACAGAAUGCUUGCUGCAGCACAGGGAGGCUGAAAGACAGGCUAUGGCCGACCAAGGGGAAAAAGACUAUGAACUGAAGCCGCUGACAGUCUGGACAUCUACACGACGGAGGACAGUUGAAACCGCCAAGUAUCUUCAUGAGAAAGGAUACAAAGUACGGCAACGAUCACAAAUGAGCCAGUUAAACCCCGGCGUAUGCGAGAUGAUGUCGGAACGGAAGAUCCGUCAGGAGUAUCCGGACGAGGUGGCGAAGCAUGAUCUUGACCCCUAUCACCAUCGUUACCCUCGAGCAGAGUCCUACCAUGACCUUGCGGUGCGGCUGGAGCCGAUUAUUCUGGAGCUUGAGCGCGAGCAGAAUGAUCUCUUGAUCAUUGCGCACGAGAGUGUACUAAGAGUUCUUUAUGGAUACCUGAUGGCAUGCAAUGCAGCCGACAUUCCAUUCCUGGAAUUCCCGCGGGACGAAAUAAUUGAAAUAAUACCCGAAAGCUAUCAGAACGAGGCGCGUCGAAUCCACAUCCCUGGUCUACCCAAAGAGAUCAUCCCUGGCUCACCCGAAGACAUCAAGAUUCCCGUCCCACCGAGUGGGAUGAUGACCCCGCUGGCUGGGGGACUUGGAAGCCCAAAGGAAGGCCUCGCAACGCCGCAGAGUGGCCUUCGAACUCCUCGGGAGCCCGAGAGGAUCUCACAGCAGCAUGUGGAAGAUGUUGUCUAG